AUGGAACGGUGUGUGGAAGUCCGAUCUUUAUCCUCUGCGGACUGGAACAACGGCGAGCUUGGCGGCAACAAUAGCUCCACGGAUGGCGGUGGCGACUUCCUUGGAGCACUUGACUCCGAGUCCAACGUGACCGUUGUGGUCUCCGAUGGCAACGAAAGCCUUGAAGCGGGUACGUUGACCGGCACUGGAAGUUUAAUUGUUCAGAUUUGCAAAUUAAUUAAAGACUUACGUGGUCUGCUUCUGGACUGGAGAGAUCUUGAGGACUUCGUCCUUAAGGUUGGAGCAAAGAGCAUCGAUGAUCUCGAACUCCUUGAUUGGAAGAGAGUUGAGGUAGAUCUCCUCGAGGGUGGUGAUCUUCUUCUCCUUGACGAGUCUUCCGAGCUUGGUCACUGGAGUCCAUUCGGUUUCCUUCUCUCCUCCACGUCCGGCUCUAGAAUAUCAAAUUUAACAUCGAGUUAA